CGCGCGCGCGCGCGCACACACACAGACACACACACACACACACACACACACACACACACAGCGAAGAAGUUCAUCGAAAGUUAACCUACUGGCUUAUUCUACUGUCGGACAAAUUCUACAGCAAGUGUGAUCGGUUAACUGGGAAGUAAUAGGACUUCCAUAUCUCCACUGCCCAAACCGGAGUCAAGUGGCCUGUCAAGAUGCUGAAAGCCCUCGGACAAGUUUUAUUUACGGGACUGCAAGUCCCCAAAUACACGACAGUGGAAAGCAAGAGUAAAGACUACGAGAUCCGCACCUAUGAGCCCUCCACGUGGGUGAGCGUCACUCUCAAGGGGACGCAGGGGGAUGCCAUCAUGAAGGAGGGAUUCGGCAGACUCUUCAAGUACAUCCAGGGAGACAACGACAAGAAGGCGAAGGUGGACAUGACGGCUCCGGUGACGGGUCGUGUAGAGGCCGGCGCUGAUCCGGCGAGUGAGAGCACCUUCACCGUCUCCUUCUUCAUCCCCAAGGAGCUCCAGGCCGACACGCCCAAACCCAACAACCCCGACCUGGUCAUCGAGAACCGGCCCGAGUUCACCGUCUUUGUACGGACGUACGGAGGCUUCACUAAUGACCAGACGGUCCAGACGGAGCACCUGAAGCUGAUCGAGAGCCUCCGCAAAGACGAGGUGACGUUCCGCGAGGAACCGUACUACAGGGUGGGAUACGACCCGCCGUUCAAACUGGCCAACCGCCGCAACGAGAUCUGGCUCCUCCAAUAGGAACGCACGCACGGCGGACAGCAGGAACUACAGGGAGCAGGAGGGAUCAAAAGGGGCGGGGGGGGGUGGGGCC